AACUUGUGUUGAGGCAACGGACCGUUUAAUAUACAUUCCUCUUACCUCAGAAUUAAUAAGAUACGCAAUAAGAACUUGUACGUUUAUAAAAGUGGAUAAUAAAAAUAAAAUGCUACAUGAAAUGCUAAUUUACUGAACAGACAUAAAUUAAAGUAUUUAUACCCAAGGUCUGUUAAUCAGAAACUUACAAUAUAGACUGUGGUGUAGAAACAGAAGUAUAUACUGAAGAUAAAAGAUAUACACUGGAAAUAGAAUUGCUGCCAGCAAGAAGAGCUCUCAGCCGCCACAGAAGCCCUAGUAGAGAGAGGAAGCCGGUGAAGUGUAUAGCCGGCGCGGGGAGGCGAAGACUAGCCAGCCGGCGCGGGGAGGCGAAGACUAGCCAGCCGGCGCGGGGAGGCGAAGACUAGCCAGCCUGGCGCCCACAGCUCAGUCCCCCUGUGGCGGUGGACCCCGACCCCAGCACACCCUCAAUAUCCCAUCACCAAUGGCUAUCAGUCUUCACGUCAACGAUUUCAGUUUUGAAAAUCGGACCCCGACUUUACAUUUGUGUUUCGUUGGUCAAGAUUGCCAGAGGAUUCCCAGUAUCCUUGGAGCAACCUAUGGCCUCCAGACGAAGCGCCUUGAUCUCUCCUACAACUCCAUCAGGUCACUAGAUGGGUUGGACAAGUUCCCUUUCCUGGAAGAACUCAUCCUCGACAACAACUUCAUUGAUGACAGCGUCCUGAUACCUCACCUCGACACCCUCCAUACCCUCUCCCUCAACAAAAAUAAGGUCACCAACCUGGAGAAGCUGGUGGAACAAAUCAGAGAGCGGCUGCCCAACCUGCGGUACCUGAGCCUCCUGGGAAAUGAGGCUUGUCCCGAUCAGCUCUCCUUGGCUGACAAAGAUAAAAAGGAUUACAAGAGGUACAGACUGUACGUAUUAAACCAUCUAAAAACACUCAAGUUCCUGGAUUCAACAAGUGUACGACGCAGCGAGAUGAGAGAAGCAAGGAAGCGGGGAGCCUUCAGCAGGACCAUCCGACCACCGGCCCUUCCUGUCUCCCCUCCAACACCCGCUAAAAUAAGAUACGAUGAAAUGGGACUUCCGGUAUCUUCUAUGGAAGCAAAUCACAAGGGUAGAAGAACCCCAGUGGACAGAAGGGAACUGAAUGGAUCAGCUGGGAGACGAGGCUUGCCAGACCAUCACUUCUCCAGCACCCACACAGGAGCAUACGGAAUGCGGCGAUACCGGUACUUGGGUCAACAUUCCGAGGGCAACCGCUUCAUCAGAAAUGAGGCACUCUGAAUAUUCCUUCACUAGACGGUCAUCGUGUCGCCUUUAACAAGAAAAUGAAGGAUGACCUAUAAUCCUAGUAACAUUUUUGUAUCAUGCUACCCUCGCACUGCACACCUUUUAUAAUGACAUUCCCGUGGUGCGCCGAAAAUAAAUUGUUCCAAAAACAUAAUUUUUAAUUUUGAUAUUGUUAAUUAGCAUCUAGGAAGCACAAACAUCCAAGUAAAAUGUCUCUACCUCUUGUAGUUUAGCUGUAGUAGCCUGGAUAAAUUGCACUUUUUUUUUUUUUUUUUUUUUGUCAAAAUGAGGCGAGUUGCCGCAUGGAAAUAACUUUGUCAAUUUAUUUUCAAUGUUUCUCACAUAGUUUUUUUCACAAACAUUCAACAUUCAUAACAUUCUAACAAUCAUUGGUUAUUUAAUUUCAACAAUAGGAGGAUCGACUGGGAAAAAAUAUAGCCCUUGCAAACACUUAAUAGGAAACGGUCUUAAGCGACAAAACUCCCACACAGGGAAAAGGCCAACUGACAGCUGAAGCUUACAUGAUCUGUUUGAAGCAUGUGCCUGUAAGAAGGGUCAGCAAGAGGACCACUCUAAGAAAGAGAACGCAGACAACUCUACAUUAGGGGAAAAAAUCACGGAAAUACUUAACACUUUCGCUGCCUAUAUGCCACAUAUUGUCAUAAAACCAAAAUACUGAGUAUGCUGCAUGAUGCAAACGGUGUCAUGCCAAAAUUUUUGCCAUUGCUUAUUAAUUAAGUAUAAACAUUGUGGGUGAGUGAGUUUAAUACUGGGUUGUGUGCUGACUGGGAAUGCUCAGCCUACCUUCCAGUGCAAUUUGGGUGCCCCACCGGGCCCACGAAAGUGUCAAGACAGACACGAUUAUCACAAGAAAAAAGAAAUUUAAACAGGGAGAACGAAGAAUUAGAGCAGAUGCUGAAGCGAUCAUAUGAGUUUGAGGAAAUGAAAUUGGAACAUACAAGAGAAGGAAAAAUCCAAAAUAUUUUUUUACAUAUGCAAAAUCAAAAUCAAAAACCCUCCAUUAGUAUUGGACCUUUACUUUCAACUGAAGGUUUGUACACACAGGACAACAAAGAAAGUACUGUAGUGAAAUUCUAAAAUGCCAGUAUGAGGUUUAGCACCCCAAUAAACAACCUGAAAGUUGAGGAUUCAGACAGUCUUUAUGAAUGACAUCCAAGCUGCAGAUAAUAUAACCGAUAUUAACAUUAACUCGGAAAACUUUGAAAAAAAAUUAACAUGCCCAUGCACUCAGCCGCUGAAUCCUGACUUGUGGAGUUCAGUACAAUAUUCAGAGAAAUGUAAAGUACCAGUAGCAUGAGCACUCAGUGUAAUAUGAAGAAAAUACAGGGGAGAUACCAGCAGCACUUAAAUCAGCAGAUAUAGCUCCUUUGUGCAAGGGACGUAGUAAAGCUCUGGCAAAAAAUUAUAGACCAGUUACAUUAACAUCAUAUGUAAUAAGUCUUUGAAAGUGAUUAGGAAUAAAAUUUCCAGUUUUAUGGAAAAUAAUGAACUUCACAACCCAGGACAACAAGGAUUUAGUGGGAAGAUCCUGUCUGUCAGUUACUCAACCAUUAUGACAGAAUCACAGAAGCCUUAGAGGAAAAGCAAAAUGCAGAUGUUGUAUGUACAGACUUUGCAAAGGCUUUCGAUAAAUGUGACCAUGGAGUAAUAGCCCAUAAAAUUAGAUCAAUAGGAAUAAUGGGCAAAGUGGGGCGUUGGAUUUUAACUUUUUGUCAAACAGAAUACAGAGUAACAGUCAAUCAAGUAGCAUCAAGCCCAAUUGCAGUGAAAAGCUCAAUACUGCAGGGGACAGUCUUGGCACCACUGCUAUUUCUCAUUCUUAUCUCUGAUAUAGACAAAAAUACUAGUCACAGCCUUGUGUCAUCCUUUGCAGAUACAAAAUCAGCAUGAAAAUUGCCACUGUAGAAUACACUGAAAAAACUACAAACUAAACUAAAUAGUCUUCAAUUGGGCAACUGAAAAAUAGCAUGAUGUUUAACAGUGAUAAGUUCUAGAUACUUGGGUAUGGGUGGAAACGAGGAACUUGAAUGAAACACAGGGUACAGGACACAAUCAGACCUACUCAUAGAUGGAAGGUAACAGGUAAAAGACCUGGGAAUUAUGAUGUCUGGCAUACCAGGACCCGGAUUCAUGAAGCAGUUAUGUAAGCGCUUGCGAACAUGUACAUCCUUUCUCAAUCUUUGGCGGCUUUGUUUAAAAUUAUUAAACAGUUAAUGAGCUCCGAAACACCAGGAGGCUGUUUAUAACAAUAACAACAGUUGAUUGGGAAGUUUUCAUGCUUGUAAACUUUAAUAAAUGUAAAAAAGCUGUCAAAGAUUGAGGAGAGAUGUCCACGUUAGUAAGUACAUGUACUGUACUUGCAUAACUACUUUAUGAAUCUGGGUCCUAACAUUUAUUAAACAUAACCGAGCAAAUAUAGCGGCGGCCAGGAAAAUGAUAGGAUGGAUUUGAGAACAUUCAAAUCCAGAGACCCACAGCAAUGCUGAUUAAAUUACUAGUGCUGUCCUGCCUUGAGUAUUGCUUGGUACUCAUUUCCUCUUUCAGAACAGGAGAGCUCUCCAAAUUAGAGGGAAUCGAGAGAACAUAUAUGGCAAGAACAGAAAAGAUUAAGCAUCUAAAUUACUAGGACCAUCUUAAAGCUCAUAAUAUGUACUCUCUGGAAAGGAGACGAGAAAGUUAUCAAAUUAUACAUGGAAGAUACUUAAAGGCCAGGUCCCAAUUUUGCAGUGAAACAACAACAUACUGUUGCAAAAGAUACGGAAGGAAAUGC